AUGUACAUACGAGCCAAAAAAAACGCAAGCACGGGUGCCGGGACACGUACUUUGCCGAAAACUACGAUGAAACUCUUUCUGCUUUUGGUUAUUUUCGGAAUGUGUGCAGCUUGGAAUCCUUUUCGUAGAAGGAACACACGACGUACUACUACUACCCAUGAACCACUUAUUGAUCGGCAGCCUCAUAUAUGUGUGGAAGGGCGUUGCAAAAUGUCCCACUACCGUGAUGAUGGGAGUCCUGACUCUCCUCCCGGCAGCGAAAUAUACCGUGAUUUAAAAACUUGUUUGGAUCGUUGCGUUGAUUCUUCUGGCCGUCGCACGGACCGUAUGUAUGUAUGUAACCACAACUCUGGACGUUGCCUGAAUGUAAGAGAGGCACCAGUAACAUUCGCAGGAGAAAAAACCUACCGCAGUGAGCAAGAAUGCUUGAGGGCAUGCAAGCGCAAGCCUUAUUACCCUCAUUAAACAUCUCUCUUUCCCUAUUCUUCACUACAUAUGCUUAAUAAUUUAAUUAAGUGCUUAAUGAUUUGCUUAAGUGUUGUCAUGGCUAUCAAAUUAUAUUCUCUCAAAUUUGAUAUUCAUACCUAUUUGCAUUGUUUUCAAUAAACACUGAGGCAAAAAACAACA